AUGUGUAUUGUUUGUUUAAUGGUGUGGUGUAGUGAAACUGGGAAGUAUUUGAGCUUUAAAAAGGAGCGGGUUUGUUCGUUUUUUACCCGAAAUAAUAUUGGAAUAUCUACACAUGUGAUUUUAAAAAUAGAAAUGAAGGGUGGGUCGUAUAGCUCUGAGGAGAUUUUGCAUCUUAACUCCGAGCUAGAGCCAGAAAGUAAUUGCAAGUACAUUUUGACUAAGCCAGAGUAUUCUCUUAAGAUAUACAUAAAUGCAUAUGCGCGAAUGUUUCUUAAAACAGAAAAAAACAAAGUUGUUUUUCCAGUCUCUUCCGAGCUUUCAGUAUCCCUUGUGCUUAGCUCACUUGAGAACUACUUUCCUAUAUUCCCAUACUUCGAUGGAUUUGCACUGUAUCGGCAUUUAAAGUUAGAAAACAGCACGUCUCUGCAGAAGGUAGAAAUGCAUAAAAAGGCAGCAGAGGUAGGGCCAGUUCUGCAUCUUCAGCCAAGCAACCCAUUUGGCAUGUCUCGCCAAUUCCCAUCAGCAUUCUCAAAUGAGUUCUAUCAGCUGAAAAAUCUUAACAGCAGCACUGUAUUUGCCAAAAAGUACAUUGUAAGUAUAUACGGCCAUUUUCUGUUUGCGUGCAAAAAAGGAACAGACGGAUCACUUGGAUAUACCCUAGAGAUUACAGAAGAUCUUAUAUCCUACCCACAGAUAGUAGGAAGUAAAGUGUUUGCAAUUAUAGAGCAGAAUGGGACAAGAUGGUCUCUGUUCAAUAAAGACACAGAUGCCGUGAGAACUCUUUUAUACUAUAUUGAGCGCGCACCGCGGCACCUUCCCCGGGAGACAGAGACAAUUGCAGAAACUGCAGAAAGCUGGGAGAAAAAGUGCGAUAACGUGCGGGAUAUUGUGACCUACAACAUUUCAUCCUCUUCCCUUCCAACAGCAUCGGUUCUUUUUCCUAGAAGCAUUCCAAAGCUUAAGGAGGAAAUAAAUAAAGAGCAGUCUGCAGAGUUCCUUAUACGAAAGCUAGAGUCACAUGUCCAAAGAAGCAUAUGGGACAAUGUAAAUAUUGAAUUUCUGGUCUAUUUAUUGAGCAUGCAGGGCAUAUCACUUGCCUCUGAAAUACAUGAGGAAAUUCGAGAGUACUCCCUUCACAGAAAGCGCAUUUUGCAGAAAAUCAAAGAAAUAGAGGAUUCUCUCUGA